AUUUCAAGCUCCAAUGGCGACGAAUAGUCUACUUUGUUUCUGAACUUUAAUCGGGCUUCUUGAGCUUGUUGAGCUGCGCGGUCUUUUCUCUCUCUACACUGUUUUGAGAGGAAGAGAAAUAGAGAAAAAUGGCGGCACAUGAAGCUCCUAUUUGCUACGUCGAAAUCGCGAGAAAGUAUGCCGCUUUCCGUCUCAUGAAACAAAUGGGGUGGGAAGAAGACGAAGGGCUUGGGAAAGAGAAGCAAGGCAUCAAAGGAUAUGUCAGGGUUAAGGACAAACAGGACACUGCAGGUAUUGGUGUAGAUGAACCCAAAAAUAAUUGGGCGUUUGAUACAUCAUAGUUUGACAACAUCCUAAAGAGAUUGAAAGUGCAAGCAGCAAAAAUCAAGGAUGAAGCUGUUGAAAAGGAUGAUGUUCAAGAUGUUGAUACUGAAGCCACCACAGAGACUAAUACAGUUGUCAAGUCUACUCGGCCCCAAGGAAGGUCAUGGAUUUCACAGAUCAUGUUUGGACAGAGUGCAUGUCACCUGUUCUAGGAAGGAAAUGGUUACUGUCAGUGUUGAUGGUUCUGUGCUAGAUCGAAUUGCUAAAAUUAUGUCAUAUCUUCGCCUUGGAUCAUCUGGGAAGGCUCUCAAGAAAAAGAAGAAAGAAAGAGAAGUGAAAGGAAGGAUAGCAAUUAUUGGCAAUGAAUAUGUUGAAGAUGAGACGGUGUCAAAGCCUGACGGUGAAAUUUUAAAGAAUAGAACUUACAGAGAAAACCUACCUCCACCUCCCCCACCUCCGAAGCAGGGACAUCCUAAUUCAAAAGAGAACCAAGGCCCUGAAGUUUCUAGAGCUGAAGAUGACGACAUUUUUGUGGGGGAAAUUUUGUUACCUGCACUCUAAAGAUGAUGCUUCAAUCUCGUCACCUGCAAGACAGGAAUGUAUUGUGUAAUACAUUGGCAUGAAAUUUUGUUUGUUUUUCUUGAAUGGCUAUGCGAUGUAUUGCGCUGUGUCACGGUCAGAAUUUACUUGGCACCAUAUUUAUGUAUUUUCUCUCGGAACAAAUACAUUUGAUUUUUUUUUUUCUUUUUUGUAUUUGUGUUUGUAGUUGAAGGCCUAUUUUCCUUU